AUGAACAGAAUAGCCGAUCCGAGCUAUUCAAAUAAGAGUAGCCUGGAAAACAUCACACUGUCUCACACUGUAGAAGAAAAUGGCCAUGUGACGGAAGGGCAGACUUCCCAUUCAGGUAUCUUCACCAAUAAAGAAGAAAAAAUGGAUCAAAAAAAGAAAACUAAGCAAAAUGAAGGAAAAACCAGUCCGCAUGAUGAGGAAGAAAAACACAACGAAAUUACAAAUGAACUUUUGCUAAAGCAUGAUGAAAUAGUUAACUCGGAUAUGAAGAAUAGGAACAUAGCACAGAGAGUGAAGAAGGAUGCACUGGUGAAGGAAAGAGGAGAAACGUUGAGCAUCAGUUCCUCUAAGGCAAUUUUUCUAAAAAAGAAAAAAAACAUCUUUGGUGCCCACUUGACGAAGGAAAAAUGUCAAGAAAGUAUCGAAAAAAUAAAUGAAAAAAUAAACAGCACAAUGAAAAAGAUACUCAAAUUGUACAAUGAGUCAAGCAAGAAGCAAUACUUAUCGAGGUUAUUUCAAAUGAAAGACAUCACUUGUCUGUUCAGUUGUAUGUUCUUAUGUCUGCUAAUUAUAUUUUCGAUUAUGAAUGAAUACGUCGGAGUGUUACUCUCCACCCUGCUACUGAUCAUAUCGAUACAGAUAAAAUUCAGUCGGUCAAAUAUGGCUUUGUUGAACUCAAUUGUUGCGAUUUUUUUCAUUUCUGUAGCCACUGCGUAUUCCUUUUCGAACAUGAAAAUGGAGGAAAUCCCCUAUGAUAGCAUGACACGGACUGAUAUCUCAAAUGGGAACACGAAUAGGAGACUAUUAAUCCUGGAGACGGUCAUAUGCCUAUCUUAUGCUUCCAUCCUAUUUAUAUAUAUGCUUUCACUACGGUCUGUAAAAAGUUGCAAAGAAAAACACGUCUGGAUAUAUCAUCGCAUAGUCACCUUUUUCAACUUCCUGGAUGUAUGCAUCCUCUUUACCUUUGGAGUGCUAGCCUUUUUUUUUAUCUUUAUUUGUCUUGGGGAAACUCUAUUCAUUAUUACGUCAUUCACGUUAUUUUGUACCAGUGUCCUUACCUACUCCCUUCGCGUUGUGGAUGAUCACUCUGGUGAUUUUACCCACGCCAGUGCGAACGACCAGAGUGAUGAAAACAGCACGUGUAAUAAAAAAUAUGAUGGGUACAGCAGCAGGAACCGCACAAACUGGGGGGGGAUCCAUUUUGUGCGAGAAAAGUACCUGCUCAGCUUAGAUGAUGAUAACAAAAUUCUUAACGUCCAGAGGAGAAGCUGCAAGCAGGUUCAUCUCGAUAUGGGCAAAUACACAUACAACGAGCUUCAUUUGUACAACCACCUCCUUCUCAACACAGUGGUCGACUUGAAGCGAUCGCUGUUGAGGCGCAGAGGCAGAAGGAACACGACCAGGGGGGCAAGGAAUAGGGACAAAACGGGCAUAAAAGGGAAGGAUAAACGGAGGAAAACCACACAUAAGAAGAUCAGACAAGAGAAGCUCAGUAUGGGUGCAAAAAAAAGACCCAAGCGAGUGCAACGGGUGAGGAGCCCACAAUGCCAAGGAAAAAGCCAAACGGAAGACUUUGUACUAAGCAUCAACGACGAAUCGUCCGAAUGCCAGAGCAACCACGGCAACACAGAUGAGGGUACCGACACCCAAGGAAAUAAAGGACGAUGCAGGAAGAACAACAAAAAAGGGGCACCUAAGAGUCCCCCUUUUUUGCUAAAAAAUCUAUCCCUUAUUCAGCAGGAAAGAAGUCGGAAUAAGGUCGCUCCAAACACCCCAUUGCAGAACCAUGAUCUUUACCUUACCCACUGCGAAAACGACAUAUAUUGCCCAUCCUCCCUAUUUUACACAAAGUACACACACAUAAUAGAUGUUCUGCUAGAAAAUUAUGAUGAGCUUAUAUUUUACUUGGACCGAAAGAAGUUCUUCAUUCGGCUAAUCGAGUUUUCUGAGAGGGGAAAUCCAGCUACGAACGGAGAAAUUAUUUCCUGUCAAAAUUGUGCAACUGAAGGGGAUAUAUUGAAAUAUGGAUCGGCUGUAAACUCGAGUGCAUUUCUACCGAAGAGUAGCAUGAACGACUCUUCGCCUCCUUUGUCGCAUCGAACUCUGGAAAAGAUCACUGACUCGCCAUCCCUUCAGCAUGAAUCUCCAGAGUCGAGCCCGUUAAAGGAUGCCUCUAUUUCCCCAUUCGAAGAAAGCAGUCCCAAUGACAUGCACACAAAUUGGACUAGCCCACUUAGCAGUAACGUACACUUAAUGACCGAAUACGGGGCAGCAAAUGAGCGACAAUCUCUAAAGGAGCAAAGUUGUAGAGCCGAUUUGAUAACUAGGCCGUCCAAAUGGACAGAGGUGCUGAACGGAAUCGAAGAUGAAUUAAACAAGUGUUACUCAAUGUUCAUACUAAACGCAGAAGGGAACGCAACAAGGGAGAGGACCAACUCGCUAUUUAGCAAUCUCAACAAUGAUUAUAUGAACAUCCCCGUGUUCUCCUCCACGUCCAACUCUUUCACUUCCAACUCCCUCACUUCUAACUCCCACGCUACCGAUGAAGACAACAGAAAGGCAGAGAACAAAAAGGCAGAGAACUACUUCUGGUACUACUCCCCCGGUAUUAUCGGAAGGGUCUACAAAGAAUGGCUAAAAUGUAAAAAUUUAGAUUAUAAAAAAAUGAAUAAUGAUUUUUAUUACCUCCUUUCUAACUCGAACAAGCUGCAUGAAUUCAUAAAGUCCAAUCACACCACUCUGGAAAAACAGGAAGAAAUUAAACUCUUCGAUAUUAGUCAAGUGCUAAGUAGUAAUAACAGCAUUCUAAAUUCUAUUCAGAAAUCCUUUUCGUCUGUUAAGGGUUCUCACUUAUUUUCUGAGGAGGUACCUAACAGCACCUCUUUAAAUCGAAUAAUACACACCUUUUUAACGGACACUAACAGCAACAUUGAAAGGAUGUGCUUCCUUGAUUCUAAAAAGGUACAUCCGUUUUUAGAGGACACGAACAUAAAUAAAUUUCUUUCAGCAUUGUACGAACAGGAGGGGAACGAAUUUCUGCAGGGACAGAUGACUCUCUCCCCAUCAAGGCUUACUCCAGAUUUGAUUGAGCAGCUCAACCAGAUAAUCGCAGAAAAGAAAUCCGAAGAGGGGACACAAAUCAAGGACUAUUCUACAAACGGGGUGGGGAUAGUGUCUCCUCUUGACGGUGAUAGGGAUGAUGACCUACUUCCCGACCAGCACAACGCCAUUCCAAUGAUCUACCAAAAUGGGACACCUCCCAGAGGAGAAGCAGACGAAAUGGUACUCCCCCUGUGGGACUCACUAAAUGGUGGCCUGAGAAGGGGAAGGCAAUCGUCACCGCAAGACAACCGGGAAGACGUGAUGAAUCUGUGCACAUCACAGCUGCAGAAGGAAAACGGGGAAAACUUCGACUUGAGUGACCUUCUAAAUUACGCCGAAUCGCUCAUCCUGCAGAACAAGCAAAUUGAGACGAGCAAGGGAAGCGAACUACCGGGCACAGACAACACAGGCAAGAUAGGCAGAAUAGGAACCACAGACAAUACAGACGUGCAGAUGAAAACCGAUUCCGAUGCCGAUUCCACCGACAUAAAACACUUUGACGAAAUUUUAAGCAAUUUCAUUAAAAAUUUCGUGUCUACGCGGGACAACAGAGUCGCUCAUAAUAGCUCUAGGCAACGUGAACAGAAGUCUGACGACCAAAUGAACUCCUUGAAAAAUAUAGAGGAAAUCUAUUCCAAUAUAAAAAAAAGAAUAUAUGAUGAGGAGGCAAGCAGGGCGGCCACCGCGGAAGGCAGUGUCAAAAAAAAUGGAGACUCCCUAGCCAAGCAAAUAAUCCACACCAAAAAAAAAGAGAUGCACCUAAAAAAGAUAAACGUGCAAAAUGAGCUGCACCUUUCGAAUACACUAAAAAAGAGGGAGGAUCCAAGUGGAAGCAACGAAUUAAAUCAAAGCCUUCCAACAGGGGGGACGGGACACCAAUUGGGGAAACUUAACAUAGUGAUGAACAAGUCCAAAGGGAGCAUCGAUUGCUUAAGGAAGAAUAGCAAAAAGGACACGAACCAAUGGACAUAUAGCGCAUUUAAUGAGUACAUAAAUAACGAUUUAAAUCUUGAAAAGAAAAAAAAAAUCGAUAGCAAAACGGUUCCAAGAAAAAGCGAUUCGGUUCCCUCAGAUGAUGUAAGCGCAAAUAUGAAGUUCACCCUAAUUUGUAAUAGGAGCGAGGAAAAUGUCAAGGAUCAAAAAAGGAGAAAAAAUAAAAUUCUCGAAGAAGAGAGACUUUACGUUGAAGAUACCCAAGAGGAUGACCAUCUAAGUGAGACACAAAAUUGGGGCAACAUCUCAGAAGGGUCUCUUAUUGCUUAUGCAACUGAUGGGGGACAUGCACACACAAAGGGUAACAAAUUCUCACCCGCCCAGAUAGGGUUAUCAUCCAAUUUGAACAGCGUAAAAUUGGAGAAAGAGAAAAAAAACAAACCCAAGCAACGCAUCGACGCAAAGAACAACCACUCCCGUGGUAGCAGCGUUAGAAGCACACACGAAGGGGGGGCCUCUAACGCAGAAAGAGUGAACGAACCAUACCACCGCUUAGACGAGGGGAAGAUGAAAGAUGUACCAACUGAGAGCAAAAUGUACACUUCAAAUAAUCACAGUGUACAUGAUAGGGAAGACUUCAACUUCAAAGACGGCCCUAAGGAACCACUCCUUCAACACAAUCAAAAAUGGAAAGACAAAAAUGAAAAGUGUAACCAGACGGGGGAGCUAAAAUCAAACGUUGGGUAUAAUACAGAAAAGGGGCUUCUUUUCAAUGGAAACGAACCCCAUAGAAACGUCUCCGCAUCGGUGUUGAGUUGUCCCCUGGGUCAGGCAAAAAGGAACAGUAAAUACGAUCACGGGGAGACACAAAUUAGUCUCAAAAUGGAGAACUCCCUUCUCGGCGAGCACAAAGAGACACCAUCGAAUCAGCCAAAAGAAAAAGAAAAUAUGAAAUGGAAUGACCAUAGGGUCAGUGUAAAAGUGAGUGGAGCAAGCAAUCCAACAGACAUUCCAUCCCCUGUAAAGGAGUACUGCAUACAUAGCAAUCAAGUGAGUUACAACAAUUCCAGUAACUUGGAUUCAUCGCAAGUUUGUCAGCGAUCUGGUGAAGGCGACUCGUAUCGAGGCACCUACUACAAAGGGCCCUUCGCCCACCGUUCUAAUUACCCCAAAGGUGGUGAAGAAAAAAGUGAUGACUCUUACAAAUUUUCAAAUGCACACCAAACGAGCAGCAACUUUAACCUCGACACGCAUGACCUCAUAAAAGAUUUGAAAAAAUAUUUGUGCUCAUCUCCAAAUAGUGUCAACCUGGAGGACAGCAAACUGAAUGAUACGUUUCUACUUGAGUUUAUCAACAAGUACUUGGAGAAUAGCACCCCCUGUGAAGUCAGUGUAUACAACGAAGUGGUGUUUGACGAUGCAAGUGCAAAGAAGGAUAACCACCAAGUUACCACCGCGAACAAGCAUGAACAGAGCGAAGGCACCAGCAUCCGAAACACAAAAGAAAGGAAAACACAAUACUAUCAUUUGUAUGAUGAUAAAAAAAAGUGGCAGGGACAUGAAGACAAAAAUGUAAGUGGGACACUCUCCUCCAAUUUUUAUGAUGAACACAUUGUAAAUUUCCUCAAUACGUACAUGUUUGAAAACAACGAUCGGUUGAUGAAGAACGCCAUGUUGAAAGACAAGCAGGAAGGUAAUGCAAAGUUGGAGAGGGACACAGGAAAGGCUAGACUAUCGCUAGACGCUCAGUCUUCAAUGCUCUACAGGAACGGUGAAAAGGAGGACGGAUUCCUCGAAUUGGACUAUAGUAGUUCCGAUGGUAAUGGCGAUCAUGAUGACGGGCAGGGAAAACUCCACAGUGAUUACAACGAUAAAGAGGAGAAACGGCGAAACAAAGAGGAAAGCAUUGCCCUCAAAGGAACCCAUCUAAAGAAGAAACAAAAUGACACCCAUUUAGCACGAAGUAAUUCGCAUAAGGGAGAAACAAAUAAAUAUCUGUACAACCACAAUCAGGUAAGCAUUAGUGGGGAACGCGUACCAUGGGACCACGCUGGAGAAACUGCUUACACGUACAGGGACAGAAUCAAGAAAGGAACCCUCUCUUCAGACAAGAGACAGAACAUGUUUAAGGAGUUAGUUAGUUCGAAGGGGAAAGAACAGGAGGUACAAGAACAAAUGCAAAAAAACGGGGGAAAAAAUGAGAAGAAAAAAACAAACAGUGAUAUCUUCUACAGCAUAAGCAAAUUAGAAAAUGUUAACGAAGAUGAACCGUUCGCUCACUUGAGAGGUAAAAUGAACAUCAGCGAGCACCACCAAGGGGAGGAAAAGGAAAAUAUAAUUAAAAAGGCGAAUUUAAAUUUAGUCUUACAAAGCAGUGGUAGCGAAAGACAGAGUCAUGAAGCUGCCUCCUCCGAUGAAGAAGACUCUGCCAACGGUGUGGAAACUUUACAAAAGGAACAUACUCUUCACAUUUAUAAACCAAAUGUGAAUAUAUUUGACCAAGCGUACGGAUUUGAAAGCAAAAUAUCUGACAUCCUCUCAUCCGCAGAUAUUGAACCCUCGGGGCUAUUAGUCGGAAGCGACGCCUUGUAUGAAUCCUUCGCUUAUAAAAGUUUCGAAAAUAUCGACAAUAUGAAAAGAAGGAUGCACCAGCUUAGCUGUAAAGAAGCAACGGAUGAUGCCAGUGGGGACUUGGAUGAACAAAAAUCUGCAGUAAUAGUGAGUGGAGCAAAGAAUGGUUCCAAUUCAAAGAAUGAAUCCAACUCAAAGGAUAUAAUGGAAAUCCUUCGCUAUAGCGAUGUUGUCAAGGAGGGAAGUGGUAAUAGGAGCAGUUGUGUUGAGGAGAUUAAGGGGGGACAGGGUCAAUCGCGCUGCGUCUCAUCACCCAUUUCAAACCAUUCAACGGUGCAUACGGCGGAGAAAUUGAAAAAGGAGUGCCACUAUUUCACGGGAAAAGACGCGCUAAGUUCAGGAAAGGAAAAGGAGAUAAACACAGGUGAGCCGAAUCCAAGUAGAGACCACCUGGGAAGCACACACAUAGACCACCAAAUAGGGAAGGAUAAAAGUUACUUAAAAAGAAAUUUUACCAAUUAUGAAAUUUACGAGAGUUCAAGAAUCCGCGGUGGUAGUGGUGAGAGAACUGGCACAAAUGCAAAAGACCACUCGGGGGGAGACCGAUCGCAGAACGAAGUAAGUACCCAGGUGGAAAUGAAUCUUUCCAAUAAAACGCCCCUCUUCCAGGAAGAAAAAAUAAUACAAUCUAAGUGUAGCACCAAUUUUGGAGCAGCUCCCCUCGGAAAUAAUUACAAAAAUAUUAACCACGUGGAUGUGCUCCAAGUUGACCAUAACAUGGUCACGAAAAUGAUGACCUAUAAUGAACCAGCAAGGAAAAUUCCACUCUCCUGGACAUAUGGCGAAAAACUACAAAAGAAUGUUGGAGGCGAUGCGAACAAUUCCUUCUUGUCCAGGGAAAAAUCUUCCUCUCUGGUAAGCAAGAGCCCCAUGGAUUCGCAAAACGGUCCAUCGAAUAACCACAUAAAAGGUAGGAACAAAUCUGUCUACCCGAGCAACGUGGAAGGAGGCCAACAGAGCAUGCCUCAAACAACUGAGCAAACGACGACGCGCAGUAAUCCCUAUCAGCAGCAUUUCCUGAGAAGGGGAACAAGUGUGGUCACUGGUCCUCGAGGCGAAGAGGAUACCUCUAAUGGGGAAGAGAAAAGGGAAGAUGAUGAAGAACAGGUGCACCUGGACGAAGCGAUCGAAGCAGACAUAGACGAGGACGAUGAAGACGAUUUCUCUAAAGAGUUUUCCACAAAGGGGAAAGCACGGACGAUUUGGAGACCUCCCAGGAGCCACACCAAAUUGACCCUCACGGAGAGGAUGCCCAUCACCUUAGAAAACUCGCAAAGCACUGAAAGCGACGUGGAGGAGAAAAAGGGUACAAUAAAAAAGUUCAAUUUGGGGGGGGCAAAUCGCUAUAAGCAGGAAAAUGAAUUCAGCGCAGGAAGGAGAAAAAACAAAAAGUCUACCACCGUGAGAGACCGCAUGAUAAAGAACAGCGAUCACAUUUUCGACAACUCGGACUACAUCAACCACUUUAACAGCAUCAUUAAAACGUAUUCGUGGUCACCUGAAAAUUUAGACAUAGGCGAAAAUAAUUACUCUCUAAGAAAAUACAACACGUGUAUAGACACGGCUAGCACAGAAGAUAGUGAUGAUGCAUCUAAGAUAACAUACUUCGUGAAAGAUGUCCUGGGAGAAAACUCCAAUUCGAUUUCUUCAUCAAGCGGAUACGAAAAAGUACACACGAUGAAACGCAACAAGGAGCUCAGUCGUGAAGCAAAAUUACAUCAUCUUUUAAAAUCACGCAAAGAAAAGCCUAGCGAAUACAAUCACAAAUCCGUUCAUGGGGACGUAAUGCAAAGUAUGAAGACGAAUACGCAAGAAUCCUUCAUUGAGCUAAUCGAACAGGGCAACAUUUUCCCCACUAUCAGAUACAAGAGGGACAGAAGUGAUGCCCUCCACCGUAGUCUGCCCUCAAACGGUUACAACCGUUUGAUGCAAAAGGGAGGGAAGUUAUCCACAAGGGGCACAUCAAAUUAUUCCCCUUCUUCCCACCAUUCCAAUUUUUCCAAUUCCUACGACCAAGGUGAACUUCCGCAAGAGAGCAAUACGCAGACGUGGGCCAGGAACGAACGUAAGGAGGCCUUCAAACUGCGCAGCGUGUCGGAGAAUGGCCUCAACAUGGAAGACAUAAAAGUGUUCACAGAUGACGGAUUCAAUGAGUAUAAUCUUUUUUACAACUGGAACGAACUCAAUAACGAAGUUAAUCAUCAAAUGAACAAAGGGGAAAAUUAUAAAAAAAUAUAUUCCUCGAAGAAAAAAAUGAACAGUUUAAAGCUCUUCAAAGGCAAUCUUAACAACUCACGCAGAAGACUCCAUUUAAGUGAAGACAUUUAUGUCGAUGGUGGUAGCUCACAGGUCAAGCAAAAUAAUAGCAAUUCGUCACCUUACAACAGCACAAAACGGAUGCGAAGAUCGAUCACUAUUGGGGAUGUCAACUCGAGCAAUUUUUCUAGCUUAGAAAAAAGAGGCAAGAAAGAUGCAAUCUCGUUGGUGAACGCAUUGGGAGAGGAGACCACACGGAAGACACCCACUGUGAAGCCCGCGAACAGUGCGUACAACUCCAGUUACGAACUUAAGAACAGCUUAGCGAAAAGAGGACACACACAAAACAACAACUCGUCUAUCAUUUCAUUCAAUGAAGAAAAGUUUGUAAGAAACGACCUAACCAUUGCAAAAAUUAUGCCGCGCUACGAAUCGGUUCCUAUAAAUUCUAACUUCUCUUUCGAAUCGAAAUAUACGGGAAAUUUUUGGCAAAAAAUGAAAAGCGGGGCACUUGGGGAGAGGACUAAUCUAGAGGAUGCCACGGUAAUGGACUCCCCCACGGGGAAGUACCAAAUAGAGCAUGACAACUACUCGAACGGGGGGGUUGACACAGGUAGAAAAAACACAAAGACCAAUUCGAAGGGGGGGGUAAUGAAAAGUGCAUUAAGCAAAAGGAAAAAAUGGCUAACUGGGGGACAAACCGAUACAAACUAUUUGGCAUCAUACCUACUGAAGGAUUCCCAAAAAAAUUUUGUUCACGAAUUAAAAAGAAGAGUGGCCGCAAAAAAUGCCCAAGCGAAUAAAAACCAAAUGGGAAGCGACCCAAAUGAUAAUGGUGACAACGAGGCGUCCAAAAAGAAGCCCCACAUUGACCCCAAGAAGCUUACCAGCGCCAUUCAAAAUUUUAAAAAUUACAAAAAAAUUUCUCGUGACAAUAUGAAAGCGGUCCAAGUGCGGCUGCCAGCAAAAAAAAAAGACGCUAAGAAAUACAGACCUUUAAAAUUGCGCUACUCAGUGGACAACUUCUGCAAUGUUAUAAAUAGCGAAGACGACGCAAAUGAGGACAUGUUCAUCCACAGGCACGGCAAGUGA